ACACACUAAAUUACUCCUAAGUAAGAAGAAUAUAUGAUACAUUCUAAUAGAAAUGAGUUUUAUGGGUUUUGUGCAGUAACACGUGAAAGGGAGGGUCACUGUGCUCUUAUAAAAUGCACCUCCAAAGUAUCCUAUCAUAAAAUACAUUCCCCUGCUCCUUAGCUGGAUUGAUAAUUCAGGUGGAUUUUUUUUAAUCCAAAUACUAAGGAUGAAUGUGCUCUGUUUUUCUGUACUUGCUAUUUUAUGCAGGUUUGCUUCAAGUGCAGAUUGGUGCUAUCAGUCUCAGGUAUCUUGCAACAAUCAUUCAUGCAUAGGACCGGAUGACUGGGCAUCAGUAGCCACAACCUGUGGAAAUACAAAACAGUCACCCAUUAACAUUGUAACAAAGAAAACUCUCUUUGACAAUCAUCUAACCCCAGUGAAGUUUACAGGCUACCAAGAUACAAUCAAUACUCUCAUUACAAACAAUGGACACACAGUGCAAGUUAAUUUGCCAGACAGAGCAGCAAUUAGUGGAGCCAAUUUAGGAGACAAUUACAAAGCUCAGCAGCUUCACCUGCACUGGGGCAAGAACGGUGGACCUGGAUCAGAACAUACUAUAGAUGGAGAGAAAUAUCCUAUGGAGCUUCACAUUGUACAUAUAAAAGAAAAGUACAACUCUGUGGAACAGGCCAUUAAUGACCCGUCUGGAGUUGCUGUUCUUGGAUUUUUUUACGAGGAGUCACAAAGUGCCAAUAAAAAAUAUGAUGGCCUCAUAAAUUCUCUGAAAAAUAUUACACAUCCUGGCACUAAUGGAACACUGUCAGCUGUAUCAUUAGACAUGCUCAUUCUCCCCCAUAAUGAACUGGAGAGGUACUUCCGCUACCAGGGGUCCCUCACCACACCAGGCUGCUCUGAAGCUGUGGUCUGGACAAUAUUUGAGAAAGCGAUACCGCUCAGCAAGGAACAGGUCAUUUGUUUUGUGUAUAAACAAGUGAAACUUUUACACAUCAUCAGAAUAAAAGAAAACCUUAUUAUCUUUGUCUUGCAGCUUUCUGCAUUUUCAAGCCUGAUGUUUUCUGACGGGACUGCCAUGGUAAACACAUACCGACCCAUUCAGCUGCGGGCUGGACGUGAAGUGUAUUAUUCUAGGAGUUAUGUUUUUUGUGUUAGCACUGCCUUAUUGGUCAGCUCUGUUUUCACAUCCUUCUAUGUUCUCUCUGUCUAACUUAUGGUUAUCUAUUUGGGGUUUUGCUCUGAAGCAAGUUAUUUAUCAUUCAUCAAUAAUUCAUGGCAAAUCAAACUUUAUAAUCGUUUAGCCAUGUGUGGCUUCAAAAUGUAGGCCUAUGUAGCAUAAAAUUAUCUAGUAUGAAAGACAGGUAGUCAACUCUCCACAUCCAACGUCUGAGGUCUUCUCAAAAUGUUCUAUCUGUACCUAAUGAAAAUUAAUUCUAUAAAAAUCUGAAUUUUGACAUCCAUUGAACUUUCACUGAAUUAACUGUUGUGGGAAAAAAAAAACAUUUAACUCUGUACCAAAUUUUGCGUGCAACCGUUACUGCACAAUAUUCCCUUUUACAAGAAUGUAGAAUGCUUGAUUUGUGGAAAGUAUAAAUUAACAAGCACAAAAUACAUUGUAUAACAUUAUACAGCAUAUAGAUGACAUAGAGGAACAUGGUUGCUCAUGUGAUAUUAUGAGACAAUACUUUGAGAACUGGUCUUGGUGAUUUUUAUCAUUCUAAUUACUGUAUUCUUGUUUUUCUGCAUUUGUAUA